AUCACCGACCCAACCCUCCUCUCCGUCCUCUCCGCCGCCGCAGAAUCCCGCCGCCAAUGUCUCGAAAUGCUCACCUUCAUCGAGCAAAACGGCGCCUCAGCCUACGAAAGCUCCGACCUCAACCUCUCCCAAAAGAAACUCGCCUCCCGCCUCGCGAUUCUGCGGGGUUUGAAUCGCAACGCUGUCAUGAGUGUGCGGGCUACGAAACAAGAAACUACGGAAGCCAGACAGGAAAUCGAUUCGCUGCAUCUUACGUUGCAGAAUUUGUUUUAUGAGCAACGGCAUUUGAGGGGGGAGAUUGGGGCGUGUGAGGAGUACGAUCAUAAAUACCUUUCCCUCCCCAUGCUCCCCGUCGAAGACUUCCUCGCGGAACAUCCUCAGUUUCUCGAGGCCUCGGAUCAUGAGGUUACGAUUGCGAGGAUUCACGCGGAGUAUGAGGCGAGACGUGCGCUUGAGGAACAGAGGUUGAAACUUGUGAAACGGAAGUUGGAGCUUGAGAAGGAGACUCUCGGCAAGAAGGAGGAGUUAGCGAGGUUGGAUUUGGAGAUUGAGAGGUGGGUUGCGGGGCAGGGGAAGGUUUUGGAGGUUUUUAAUAAG